AUGAUGCCCGUGGUUGCAGCUGUUGCAAUGGGGACAGAAUUCCGGACAAACCUUCGACGCAGCAACGCCAUCCUGGACACUGAGUGGGAUGAGUGGACCAUCCUGGAAGACAGUUCAGACGAGCAGCCAGAAACACAACCGACCACCAGUUUGGUACCUCCUCCACCUCAAGCCCCAAAAAGAUGCCCCGUCAGUGAGAUGCCUCCUCCACCUCAAGUCCCGCAGAGACGCCCCGCCAGUGAGAUGCCUCCUCCAACUCAAGUCCCGAAGAGACACCGGAGCAGAAGUAGACAUGCCACUGUUCGCAAGCAGACCGAACAGUGUCAGUUGGCACGACUCCGUGACGCAGUCACAACCUUGCAGGCUUCGGUGUGCGUGCUCCAGACCAAGUUUGACAAACAAGCGUCCAAGGUCAAGGCCCUGGAGCGGGGGCCCGAUGAGACCAGCCUGAUGGAGACGAUCAAGGCUUUGAAGGCAAAGCUCGAUGCCCAGUGCAGGAUGAUGGAGGUGAUCAAGUUUCGAGUACAGUGCAUUCUGAGCGCACUAGUGAACGAUGUGUCUGAUGAGCUGCAACGACAGUAG